GCGUCCGCCGGUUCAUCUCCGCGAACAUGGCGGGCGAGCGAGCGCGCCCCCCCGCCGCCGCCUGGCGCCCCCCGGCCCCGCUCCGAGCCCGGCUGAGGGGCCGCGCCCGCGGGAACGAGCGGAGCGGAGCGGAACGGCCGCCCGACGAGAAGGGCGGAGGGGGGCGGCGGCCGAGAGAAACGAGCGUCCGGGGCCGCCCCCCCCGCGGGCUCCGGGCUGAGAUCGCCGCCGCGGGGCUGCCCACAAUGGAUCCGGCCGGGCUCGGCGCCGCUUCCGUCCCUACAGGCCCCGGAUCGGGUCGAAUGGCAAAUGAACAACGGGCGGCUCCCACAAUGCAACGGGACGGCCGCCGCAGGGGAGGGGGAGAGCGAGCGGGGGGCGGGCGGCCGGGAAGGGAAGGAGGGGAGGGAAGGAAGGAAGGAGGGAGGGGGAACGGGGGGCGGCGGGGCGGGGAGCGAGCGACGAGCGCGGUGCCUUACGAGCCCCGCCCCGCACAGCGCCCUCCUACCGAGGGGCCGAGGGAUCCCACUCUGCCCGGGGCUGGCGGGGUGGUCGGGACCGUUAUGUGCCACCCGACCGGCCGCACCGGGACCGCUUGUCGGGAACGGCCCAGCGAGGCUUUAGGGCCGUCGCUUAUAGGGUCGGUUCGCUCCGAAAGCCGCCCGUUGUGGCCGCGAACAGAAAGACCUCCAAAUCUCCCACGGUUCAUUGAGAAGAAUUCAUAAAGCGAUGUAGCUUCCUGUAAAUGAAGAGCUCUUGUGCCUCACAUGAGGGAGUGGAAUAAUUAACGGAUGCUUCACGUUCCAUGUGCUGCUGCAGUGUGGCAUUUUGCACCGCAUCUAGAACAACACACACCUGAACUGUGCUGUUGUCAGUUGCUGGCAUUGCUUUGUUUAAAGAUAAUUUAUUGAAUGGGAUACCGUGAAAAGGAGCAAAUAUUGCACGGGCUCCUAUUUAUCACUCUGUGUGCUUAUAUGUACAUAGAUGAAGAGAAUGAUUUAUGAAACUGCUUAGAGGGUGAGUAUCAUUGCUGAAAAAAUCUGUACAUAAGAGUAUUACAAUUCCAUGCUAUUAAAUUUAAUGCUAUUAAAAUUCCAUUAAAGCAUUUCAAUGUGUCCUUGUGCGUUCUGCGGAAUUAGGGUUCCAGUGAACAGUUUGCAAGCUCCAAUGAAAAGAAUAGGAUCUUCUGCUUUUAAAUGAUAAAACCCAUUGUGAGAGACUCUGAGGACUGAAUUCUCAGCCUUGUGUGAUCCAUGGUGGAGUGUCCUAUCAAUGAGGGACAGUACACAAGCCAUAGGGGCAGUGAGCUUUCUACGCAUACCCAGUGUUUCCUUUUGUUGGAGCUGAGUAUUUGAAGUCUGAGGCAACAGAAUCCAGUGAGAAGCAGGUUAUGCUAUGAGACAUCUUGCAUUUCCAGCAUAUACUGAUGAUAGCUUUAUUCAGCAAGAUGCUUCUGAUACUAACAGCAUGUUAUUUCUGGAGACGUCUGUGUCCCCGCAUUCCUGCUGUGACCUAACAAACACUAUCAUGACAAAGCUGGCUUUUCCAAGAUAUCUUCAAAGGCUGAGGGGAUAUUAUCCAUUCCAAGAGCAUAUUUCUGCAAUGGAUGUUCAUAAAAUAAAGAAGAUUUUCUUUUUAAAGAGUUGAACCUCCA